AUGCUGGGACUCACGCGGAGUAGGUGCUGUUGGCGGUUGACGCUGCUUGUGGUGGCGGUGCACAUGGGAGUCUCUGAGAAAGUCGAGACGGGAUCCAAGGUGAACUCCAUCAAGACUGUUAUGCUCGACGAGUUAACUACUGCCGCCACGAACCGUUCGGGGACCGCUCUCAGCGGAAUCCCUAAAAAGGGCAACAUCCCCGCACAGGUGUAUCCGUGUAGCAGUGAUAAGGAAUGCACAGUGGGAAGUUACUGCCACACUCCUCAUCACGCACCCUCUCGCUGCCUCAACUGUCGCAGGAGGAAGAAACGUUGCCACAGAGAUGCCAUGUGUUGCCCCGGCAACCGUUGCAGCAACUAUAUCUGUGUCCUAAUCUCAGAGAGCAUUCUGUCCCCACACAUCUCUCCUUUAGAGGAACACAACAAACUAUCCACCAAAGACAAGGCCUGGAAGAAAAGUGGGAAAGCACAAGCCAAGCUCUCUCUCAAAGGUCAUGAGGGUGACCCUUGCCUUCGAUCAUCCGACUGCUCCGAGGGGCACUGUUGCGCCCGUCAUUUUUGGACUAAGAUCUGCAAGCCAGUGCUGAGACAAGGCGAAGUUUGCACCAAACAGCGCAAGAAAGGCUCACACGGCCUGGAGAUAUUCCAGCGCUGCGACUGUGCCAAAGGCCUAGCCUGCAAGGUGUGGAAGGAUGCCACCUCCUCCUCCAGGUCCAGACUCCAUGUGUGCCAGAAGAUUUGAGAAAAACAGGCGCUGAGCAGAGGGGCCUCCGUGCUCAGGCCUGUCCAACCUGCUCGGGGGAGGGAGGAAGCUCCUUCUCAGAACUGAUUCAGCUG